CUCUUGGAUCUUCACGUGUUCGAAUAUGAAUUUUCUUGAUUUUGCGUGUAAUAAUUAGAAUUUUUUUUUUUGUGAGUAAAAUAAUUAACAUCAUGAAAGACAAACCAGUUUCACAUAAAAAUUUAAACACAUUCCACUUUUUGAAAUAUGCGGAACGUUUGAAAAAUGUGGAUGUGUGUAUUUAUCGUCAAGCCGAUACAUAUUUAUCCACUCCUGAUGGUAAAAAUACCUAUUUAUGGGAAGCCUUUGAAAAAUGGAGAGAUCUGGAUUAUUCAAUAAGUUAUGAGGAAUUUCGUAAAGAUAUUGGAGAUGAAAUUGAAACAUUGGAACAACUUGUCCUCAGAAAGGAUUCUAUUGUUGAAGUUUUCCUAAAACAUCUGAGAAAAGAGGAAAAUUUAGCAUUACCUGCUUUGCUUGAACUGACAGUCGCCUUAGCCAGAGACUUACAGCAUGAAUUAUACCCUCACUUUCCAGAAUUUUUCAAUGCUAUUAAAAUCCAUUUAUCUACAAAGGAUACAGAACUGUUGGAGAAAAUCUUCUUAUGUUUGGCAUUUUUAUUUAAAUUCUUUACUAAAUACAUAGUGAAAGAUAUUAAAAAUGUUUAUAAAUUAUUCUCUUCAUUAUUGGAUGAUACAAAUAAAGAAUAUAUUAGAAUAUUUGCCUGUGAAGCUUUUGCUGCGCUUCUGAGAAAAGUUCGAUCAAGAGAAGAUUUAUUCACUUUCAUAUUUUGUGACUUGCAACAAAAUCCUAAGCAAACUUAUGGGGUUGGACAACUAUUUUUUGAGACUGUUAAAGGUGUUAAAGAACAGUUUCAUUACUGCAUUGAACCAGUUUUCAAACUGCUUUUGAGAUUUUUAGGUAAAGAAAAUCUUUCUACAGAUUUGAUCGAAGAAUCUCUUCAUCAGAUGUUAAUUUCAAUGGCAAAACACACAGUUCAAAGGCAUUGUGUUCAAGUGCAAGAAAUAUUUUCGGCUGUCAUUAAUGAACUAAUUGUUGGUAUUCAAGAGACAGAUAUUGCAAACGAGGAUAAAAUUAGACAUCUAAAUCGUGUACUUCAUCUUCUUUGUUUCUGGAUAAGAUUCAAAAAUGGAAAGCUGAUAACAUCUGAAAAUGGAUUAAUAAAUGUUAUACUGAAUCUCUCGGGACUUAAAAGUUUACCACAGUAUUGUUUAAUAUCAGUUGUGGAAGUAAUAUCAUCUGUUAUGUUGAAUGGUUGCUUAAAUUUACCAAUUGAAAAGCUGAAGGUCAUAAUAUCUCAGAUAUGUUCACAUUCAGAUGAAAGUGCAGUCUUGUUUACAAGAAGCACCCUGAAAUAUGGAAUGUUUGAAAAGGAUAUUUUACCUGUUUUCUUAUCAAUCUGCUUAAAAAUGAUUCAAAGUGAAGACGACGAGAAAAGAAAUAAAGUGUUGGAAAUAUUAUCAGAAGCAAUAAUGACUUUAAAGCCAUUUACUGAAAGUGAAGAUGAUAUAAAAUCAUUUUCAAAAUUAUACUUGCAUAUAAACUCUUCAGAAAGUUCUUCUAACAAAGAUGAACAAUCAGCUUCUUAUGGUGUUUUUGAACAUUUUUUUAUGGAAUACCUUCAAUAUAGUGAUAUGGAAAGUAAUCUUAUGAAAACUAAGUCAGCACUUAUUUGCUUACCACAUCUUAGGUUUUUGAAAAAAGAUAAUAUAUGCCAUGUAAUUGAAGAACUCUCUCAAAAAAUUCAUCAGACAUUAUUGGCAGUUGAAAUUACAAAUAGUGAGAAGUCAAGAAAGCUUAGAUCUGUUCUUUAUCAAGCUUAUUUUGCAUAUUUAGUUAUUACAGUCUCUGACAAAAGAAAUGGUACUAUUUUCAACACCAGAUUUUUCAUGGAUUUAUUAAUGAAAUUUCCUGGUUGUGUAGAUAUUCUACGAAUGGUGGACUAUUAUAUAAGUAAUUUGACUAAAGCACCAGUUAUUGAAGAUUUGCCAGAACUGAUUUCAACUAUUAUACCAAACUUGGCUUCACCAUUCCAUUUGGUCCGCCUCUUUACAUUAAGAAUUUUGAAAUCAUUCGAUUUACAAGAGCAGCAAGGCAAAAAUAAGGUUUCAUCUGUAUUUUCUAUAUGCUUUGAAGCUGAGAAUAUUUCCUUGGAUGUGCAAACUUAUCGUGAGAAAUUAAAAUGGUUGAGAAAAUUAGAAUAUGAGUUCAUAGAGAAAAAUCUGCCUCCUUCUUAUGCUGAGCCAAUAACAAAAGCAGCCAUUCACUAUCUUCUUGGUAUGUUAUAUGUAAAUUUCAAGUUAUUAUGGGAUCCAUCAAUAAAUAUCUUACAAACAUAUGCAAAUGCAGCACCUCAGCUUUUUUGGGAUAUAUUUUAUCCCCAUUUGGAAAAAUCAUUUGAGCAGUGUGUGAGAUUUAAUUCAGGGGAAGAUGUUUACCCAGUUUCUGAAUCAUCUUCCAAUGAGAAAGUGGAUAUUUUCAAUCAUCAUACUUUGCUUUGGAAAGCAAUGGAGGGUUUUCAUGAUCUUGUGGAACGUAAAAAUAAAGUACUUGUUCCAAUGCUCUUACAAUUCAUGGUUAAGCUUGUUGAGCCUCCCGAACCUUUUAAAGAAGAAGACUCUGAACUGAUUGAUGACAAUGUUGAAACAGAUUUAUCACAAUUAGAAGAGAAAGAUGACUCAAUAAAUGAAGAUUCAGAUAAUGAGUCUGAGGACGAGGGAAAACUAGAUCGUCCAAAAGUACUAAAAUCUAAAAAGAAAAAGCCUGGUGUUAGGAAGUUUCAAAUAUCUAAGGUUCUUGCUGCUUAUUUGAAUAUCUUUUCAAAGUUUAAAAAUCCGAAGGGUGGUUAUAAAGCUGAUGAGUUGCAAAAAUUAUACAAAGAGCUCUUGAGUAAUACUGAUCCCAAGAUUCAGAAGCUGGCUUUUGAUUGUGUUAUGACUUUUGGUUACAAAUAUUUAACACCAUACAAGGAAAAUUUUUACCGAAUCUUAGAUAAUAAGACCUUUAAAACUGAAGUUGUUCUAUUCAGUGUUGAUACUGAAAAUAAAGUUAUUGCUGAAGAACAUAGAAUGGAUGCCUUGGCUAUUUUAAUGAGAAUUCUAUAUGGAAAAAUGUUGUAUAAAAUUGAUAGUCGUCCCAUGGUUCUUCGAUUUCUUGCUGGUUGUACAGCUGAAGAAUUAAAAAUGUUUUUUGAAUUAGUUUUUCUACCUUUUAAAGAGCAGAUGAAAGAUGAUUCUUUGACUGCUGUUAAAAAGAUAAAAGAAAAUGCUGAUGUGACAGCCAUUGUUCCUAUCCGCAAACAACACAGUGCUUUGAAUACCUUAGGUCUCAUAUUUCAAAAUUUGGGCAAUUUGAUUCCUGAAUUGUUACCUUCACUUCUGAAAGUACUUCUUAUUAUAACUGCAACUAGCAGUACACUAUUAACUAAACGUGAUGAAGUACUUCCACAUUGUUUGAAUCUUCUAAAAUCAGUGAGAACACAAGCUGUUGUAAAGCUGAUACAGUUUUUCAAAACAUUUGAAGACUACAAAUAUUUACCUGAAGAAAUAGAUGCUAUUUUUGAAAGUAUUAUAUGGACAAUGUUACCACGUCUUGAACUUGAUUCUGUUAAUCAACCUUCUCCAUUACUUCGAUUGUUUGCCACUUGGAGUGAAAACAUAAGAUAUUUCAUUCUUUUUGCAAAGCAUGCUGAAAAUGAUAAAUCCUUGACUCCUUUGCACCACAUGAUGGAAUUAUAUUGUUCAAGUCGGUGCAAACCACGAGUUAUUGGAGUGCUUUCCAAGAUUGUGUACCAACUACUUUGUGCUGAAGACAAAAUCUCUGAAGAAACAGAAAGUGAAAAAAUAUCCCCAAUUGAAAUAAAUUGUUCUGUGACAUUGCCUGAAAUAGAAAUAGAUAAUGUUCCUUGUACAUUAGGUACCAAGCUUUUAUUUCCCUAUGUUGAUAAAAUUCUGUGUAGAUUUGAAAUGAUAGCAACUGCUUUGUCAAAAAGAAAAAUUAAAAAAUCUUUGCCUAUAAGAGAUUUGACAAUUUUACUGAGAAUUACUCGAUUUGUUGAAGAUCCUAAGCUAUGUUUUAAGCUGAUUCAGCUGUUGCUGCCGUUUUUGAUGAAACCUAAAUUAGAUACAGAUUCGGAAGUUCUUAUUCUGAAUACUAUUUCAUCAUUACUAAGAAAAUCUGAAAACCCAGAUUAUUUCAUUAAAUUACUUGCUCCAUUUUUUGGGAAACUUUCUAAUCAAAACUCACGAACAGCUUUAGUUGGUGUGUUUUCUACAAUUUCUGAAAUUAGACCUGAAAUGAAACAACUAACUAGUAUUGUAUCAAAGAUAAAUGCCUAUGACCUUAGUUUCAUUGGACAACCAGACUAUCAGUUGAGAUCAGAUGGAAAUAAAGAGACAUUAGAAAUUGUUAAGAAAAUGGAUAAAACGUCCAUUAAUGAAGACUUCAUAAGAAUAAUAAUUUUUAAUUCUUCACAUAUGAUAAGAACGUGUGAUGAUCUGUCCUUACGAAUCAGCUUUUCAAAUGUACUUCAAGAACUUAGCAAAUUUCUUCAUACAAAUAUCAAUUCCUCUCCAGAAUUAAUUAAAUUGCUGAUAUUGGAUACUCUUCUCCAAGAAGUACAAAAAGGCAUCAAAAGUCCAUCUGAGUCAGUGAGACAUGAAUUUAUUCAAGUUCUACAAGUUGUUUUAGAAGUGUGGAAAGGCCUUCCAGCCUUAAAAGAAUUAGUAGCAUUGUGUCAUGAAGAUAAAGAUAUGGAUUUUUGGGAAAAUAUUAGACAUAUACAGGUUCAUCGACGAUCAAGAGCACUUUUACGUUUUGCUGACCUCAUAAGGAAACAAUGUGAAAACAAAGAAACUAUCUCCAUCUAUUAUCUUACUUCUUACAUGAUACCAAUUGUGUCUUCCUUUUUAUUCAAUUCAGCAUAUAAUAAGCAUGUUCAUGUGAUUGAUGCUGCUAUAGAGACUCUUUCAUCUAUUGCUCUUGCCUUACCUUGGCAUCAGUAUGAACCUCUGCUAAAGCAGUAUUUGCAGAUGCUGAGUACUGAUAUUGAACAUCAGAAAACCAUUAUAAAAAUUAUAGUAGCUCUUUUGAAUUCUUUUCAUUUUGAAACAUCAUCCAAACGACCAGCUCCUGUCUCUGAGGAUCCAGUAAUAAAGAAGCCUGCCUUAGAAUUAACAAAUGCUGAGUCUAUGGAAACUGAAGGAGAAGCAGAAGGUGCUGAAAUGCCAAUUCAAUCCAUUUCUGUAGAUAUAUCAAAUGAUGUUGUUGGAGUUUCUGAUGAAAGCUUUAAAAUAUUCAUUUCUAUUAAAAGAAACAUUUUGCCUCUAUUGCAUCGCUCAUUGAUGAGAAAGACUAAGAGUGAAGAUGAACAUAAAUGGGCUGGAAAGCAUUACUCAGAAGAUGAAUACAUUUUGCGAGUACCCAUUGCUUUAGCCAUGGUGAAACUUCUACAAAAGCUUCCUACUGAAAGUCUAGAAAAGAAUCUACUUGGAAUAUUUCUCAAGAUGUGUGAUUUGCUGAAAACAAAAGCUGAAAGUAUUAGAGAGACAACUAGGGAGACUCUCGUAAAAAUGAUGGAUAGUUUAGGUCCCAAGUACUUCAGGUCCCUUUUAACAGAAAUGAUAGGUGUUAUGAAGCGAGGAUAUCAGGUUCAUGUAAUGAUUUUUACCAUUAAUGCUAUUCUACACAAACUGACAGAAAAGAUGGGACCAGGAGAUUUAGAUAGUUCCGCUGCAGAUCUCACUCGGAUCUGUGCAAAUGAAUUAUUCUCUGACAUUGCUGAGGAGAAAGAAGUGGAGAAGAUCACUGGAAAGUUAAAAGAAGCAAGGAGCAUCAAAAGCUAUUCAAUUUUUAAAAUUCUGAGUCAGUUUGUCUCAGAAGAACAUUUGCUAGAAAUUAUACAGCCAUUGAAAGAGGAGGUCUCAAAGCGGCACAGUCACAAAAUUAUGAAGAAGGUAUCUGAAUGUUUGAAAAGUAUAGCUCAAGGUCUCAGUAAAAAUCAAGGUGUUGAGGAUAAGAAACUUCUCGUGUUCAUUCAUCUUAUUAUAAAUGAAAGUAUGCCAGGGUUGAAUAAAAAGAAACAAGAAGAUGCUACUAAGCCAAAGUUUGAACGUCCUGACUGUCUGCUAAUACCAAAAGAACCAGGAAGGAGUGGUCCUCCUGCCAAGUUAAAUAAGAAAACUUCUGAUCAUGUAUUUGUGGAAUUUGGUUUACAACUUUUACUUUUUUCAUUGAAAAAGGAUACAUUUGAUAAGAAUAAAAAGGAAAUCCUGGAGAUGUUAGAUCCUUUUGUUGCUCUUCUUGCUGAUUGUUUAGCAUCCAAUAAUGUAAAGAUUAUAACUUUAGCACUGCAAUGCUUAAAGCCACUUUAUAAAUAUCCUCUUCCUUCUUUUAAAACAAUUACGAGGAAAAUUGUGAACUCUCUGUUUCUUAUUGUGAAUAAGUAUGCUGCAGUUGGAAUGGCUCAGGGUGAAAAUUUUGAAAUGGUUGUAAUGUGUUUCAAGCUACUUACUGUUCUUGUGAAAGAUUCUCAGUACCAUGUCAUGAAUGAAGAACAGCUUAAAUCCUUACUGAGUUAUGUAGAGCAAGACAUGUAUGACUAUUUAAGACAAGCAACAGCUUUUACACUGUUGAAGGCAAUUUUGUCUAAAAAAUUACAAGCACCGGAGCUGCGAGGAAUAUUGAGUAAAGUUGCUGAAAUGUCUAUUACUUCUGAGCAAGCUCAUGUCAGAAAUCAGUGUAGACAGGUUUGUAUGCAGUAUAUGCUGGACUAUCCCCUUGGAAAACAUCUUGAAAAGUCUAUAACUUUUUUCAUUUCUCAACUUGAAUACCCUAUGGAGCAUGGCCGUGUCUCAGCUUUAGAAAUGAUCAAUUCGAUGCUGAAUUCUUUUCCUGAAAAUGUGUUGAAGAGGCAUUCAGCUCUCUUCUUAAUACCACUGUCAGCCAGGCUGGUUAAUGAUGUUCCGGAAUGCCGAAAGAUGGUUGCACAAUGCAUAAAGACACUUCUUACUAAGAUUCAGCAUGAUGGACGGUCAUCAAUAUUUUCUGUGCCAUUUGCAUGGUUGCAAGCAAAAAAGGUUUCCAUGAAACGCUUAGGAGCACAAUUAUGCGGUAUGUUUGCUGAAAUAGAAGGUGAACUAUUUGAGCAUCGCUUCCAUGAGAUUUUACCUAUUAUUACAGAACUUGUACUUACUGCCAAAUCAGAAGAAGUUAAAAGCCAAGCUGAUGAGAGGUCCACUGACCAUUUCCUGUACCAAAUCCUGAAUUCUUUGACAAAAAUGCUGUCUUUUUGCCCUGUUAUAAGAAAGAAAGAUUUUGCUGAUAGUUUGAAGUCAUUAUAUAAUGAACUUCAAGGCCUUAUUCUUUAUCCUCAUGUUUGGGUUCGAUUCGCCACAAACCAGCUCUUUAAUUUAAUGUUAUUAUCUUAUUCCGUAGAAGAAAUUGUGAAAGCCAUUUGCAAAAAGAAAAAAGAUAAUUCUGUUUUCCUCAAUAGCAGACAAAUGCUUAGAGAUUUAUCUGCAGACUUCUCUACACAACUACAAAGUCCAUUCUUAGAUGAAAAAUUUGGGGAAUUGAUCAUUCGUAAUCUUAUCUACUUAGCCAGAAUAAUAGCAAAACUUCCUGAAAAAUCCAUCCAAAGUGACGAAACAGUUGAAGUUACUUUAGAUUGGAUGAUCCGAAGGCUUUGUCGAGAAGCAAAGAGAGAAGUAGCAGAUAAUCCUACAUUUUAUGAAAGGAGAAGAUGUGUUUUCAUGUUUAUGGCUGCAUUUGCUGGUGUAAUAGAAAAAGAGAAAUUAGUAUCUCUAUUAAGUAAUAUGCUAGUCCCCUUAUGUAGGGAAAUUAGUGACGCUUCAAAAUAUACAAAUGAAGAUAUAAAGAAGAUUGCACAAGAAGCCCUAGAUAUAAUUAAAACAAUUGUGGGUGUCGAUGAAUUUUCUGAUGCAUAUGCACAAGUACAAACAACUUUAUUCAAGAAGAAAGUGAAGAGGAAACAAGAAAAAGCUCAAGAAGCUGUUACUGAUCCAGAGAAAUAUGCACAGAAAAGAAUUAAGAAGCAAUUAAGUAAGAGAGAAUCAAAGAAAAGAAAGAUCAUGAAGUUAAAAGGCAAAAAGAAAGUUGUAAAGAAGACCAAAUUGUCAGAUUUGGUUAUAGCCUCGUAAAAGACUUGGAUAAAUGAACUUGUAAAUAUGUCCAAUAAUUUGUACAAUAAAUUAUUUUAAUAUAUU